AUGUUGUUCAUCCAAACCACCAACCUUGCGGUUUGGGAUGCCAUCGUCGACAGUUCUUCCACUCCUUCAAGGAAUCGAAAGGAUUGGACUAGUGAGGACAAGAAGCUUGCCCAACUCAAUGACAAAGCUAUACACAUUCUCUUUUGCACUCUUGGUCCAAAUAAGUAUAGUCGAGUAUCUUCAUGUUCUAAUGCAAAGGAUAUAUGGGACAAGUUGGAGGUGACCCAUGAAGGAACGAGCCAAGUGAAGAAGCCAAAGAUUGGCCUUUUCACUCUCAACUACAAGAACCUCAAGAUGAAGCCCGAUGAAGACAUGAAGAUAAUGUAUGAUCGGUUCAAUUCAAUUAGAAACAAGUUGAAGACUUUUGGGAAUGUUUAUCCCAAUGAAAAAGUAGUGAGAAAGAUGCUUGCCUCAUUGCCUAUAUCAUGGGAAGGCAAAGCAACGUCUAUUGAAGAAGCCAAGGACUUGGAGUUAUAA